UAGGUAGUGUCUUAAUCAUUAGGAAAGAUAUACGUCAUACAUAUGUCUAUGUAAUAUUUUAAUCAUUACCAAAGACUUACAUAUUACAUUUGUUUGGUUGAUACAUAAAAAAUUAAUAUCAAGAAGAAAAUUAUCACAUAUAUAUAAUAUUUUGUAAAAAUAAUUGAUUCUACAAAACCGUUAUGUGUAAUGCAAGUAAUCAAGAGUUUAUGGUAAAUUUGCGAGGUUUAUACAAUAUAUUUACAAUCACAUAACUUUUAUAGUACAGUAACGUACUGUGUGGUCUAAUAAUAAAGUCAAGUAAAAAAAAUCAAAUUUGAUUAACUUAUUAUGUACAAAACAAAUUACCUUACAUAUACUUAGUGCAAGGCAAAUAAUAAUGAGACAAAUGGUGAAUAUUGGAGCUUAUAUUUUUGUAAUUAUGUAACAGUUGUAGAAUUGUGUUAUAAAAUCUUUCAUAUUAUGUGAUCUAAUUAUCAUAAAAAGUUUAUGAUGAAAGUGAAACUGGGAUCUUCUAAUAAUAUAUAAAAUUAUAGAAUUAAGUUUACACAAAUCUUUCAUAAUAUUUGAUCUAAUUUGUAAUUACGCAACUGUUAUACAAUAGUGUUACACAAAUCUUUCGUAUAAUAUGGUCUAAUGAUAAAAAGCGUGUUGUCUAAUGGUAAAAUCAUAUAACAUUUGAUUAACUGGUGUUUAAAAAUCUAACUUUAGAGAACGUUAAUGUAAUUCUAUUAAAGGUUAUGGUGAAAUUAGGAGAGCUUAUGGUGAAAUUAGGUGGAGGGGAUAAAUACCUCUUGUGAACUGUACAUUCGGUAAUAAAAAUUAGGUUAAAUACACUUGUAUAUCCAAAACUUUCACGGUUGUGCCAAUAAUAUCCAAAUUUCCCGAAAUACCACUUAUAUCCAAUUCUUUCACAUCCUUUAACGGUGUUUUUGGAUAUACAAGUGUAUUUAACCAAAAAUAUAUUGGGAAAUGGAUAGAUUUGGCAAAGAACAACUUUAAAACAUGGAUAUAAGUGGUAUUUCGGGAAAUUUGGAUAUUAUUGGCACAACCGUGAAAGUUUUGGAUAUACAAGUGUAUUAAACCUAAAAAUUAUUUAUCGUUUUAUAAUUUUUGCAUAAUUUAUUUGUACUUUAGGUAACAGUUCCGAAAUUACAUUACUUGAGUCUUACGUAAUGAAUGAUAACAUCAUAUUACGAUAAAAAGUCAUAUCAUUACGAAAAUCUUAUGUUACAUGUCUAUUUAAAACCGUCCAUAUAUUAUACAAUCAUCUAAUCUAAUGACCAGUACUCUCGGAAAACAAUGCACUACCCUACUUUUUCGUAAGGAACAGUGCACGACUGAUUUUGGCCGCUUGCACUAUUAAUUAAAUAAUUAAUUACAUAAAAAAAAGGAGAUGAACUCUCCGUCUCUUAAUCCCCUUCUUCAUCUUCUCCAAUCCAACUCUCUGUCCCCUAUUCUUUCGAGAAUCAAAUCCAGUAUCUCCCAUCGAUCGACCAACGAACGAAGCGAUCGGCGAACCCUGCUUUUCCAGAUCUGAUAUGUCUUCUCUGGCUCUUGUUCUUCGACGAACAAAAUCCAGCCGCAAACAAGGCUGAAAACGACCAUCCAGAGCUCUUACUUUGAUUUUUUCUUUUGGGUGUUUAGUGGUUUUUCCUCUCAUUUUGUGUCACUGGUCCUACGGGGCUAUAACUUGUGUUCUCCUCCACUUAAUGUACGGACCACUCCCCCUCUCCUUCCUAUUUAUGAAAAAUAUUAAUGUUAAUUCACUUAAUCGCGAAAUUUUAUUAUGAACAGUGUAAUUGUGCAUUACAACUUACAAGUACCGCCCAAGUAAAAUGUUUCUAACGUGCUGGAUGGUUGGUACAAAUGGCCUUCUUCUGGUCUCAAUAUUUUCUCUCAAAUCAUACACCUAAUUGAAUGCUAAUUCAUAGAGAUCACAGUGAGAUACACUUUUCAGCCAAAAAAAUUUACACUCAAGGACAAAAAGUAAAAUUAAAAAACCCAGCUACGGUGAUCAAAAUGAGGCGAAUACUUCAAUAUUCAUACUCAUUCCGCACUAAAUGUGAUUCAAAUGAUAACAAUGUGUUUACUACUAAAAAAAUUACUUGAUACCACAUUGAUUAUUUUCAAUGAGUGGUAGUGGUUUAUAAGGCCAACUUGACCAUAUUAAUUAAAUUGGUUUAAGUUGGGCCUAAAUGAUGGAAUUUUGGGCUUAAUAUGAGGUAUCUCAACACACACCCCUUGACCCACCAAACACCCGCCUGUCAUGCAAGGGGGGUCAAGCGCUAAGAGUCGACACCUUUCAAUGUCAAUCACCCAAGUCGACAUGGUGAAAGCAGAAUUUGGCUACCCCAACGUGAUGUCAUUCAAGAGGGGUCAAUCAUGAUUCAUGCAAGGAGGGUCAAGCACAAAGCACCAUGGCUGACUAUCUACCGUGUACUAGGGUGUCAAGCAUUAUGUCAUACGUGCAAGGACAUCAUCACGAGUAGCAGGCAUGUUAUGCCUCAUGGGUAGUUAUGCAUGGUACAUAGUAUACAAAGUCAUUAAGUGUCUAAGCGUCAGCCAUGUAUAUCAUCACAUGGUAGACCACCUUGUAAAGACAAUGUAGGCUGUAAGCAUGAUGCUACCCAAGGGGGUCAGUGCGCAUCCAUCAAUCCCCAAAGCACCUUGGUCUCGAGCAUUGCGUUGUGCAAGGGUUGUCGAGGCAUCCAAGUCAAAAUGAAAUCAAACGAGAUACCUCCAUGGCACAAGUUAGCUACCUGCUAAGUGAAGACGUCAAACUCUCAAGGUACCGAGUGGUAUGCGUGCAAGCAAGGUGGUUAAGGUGUCAAGCAUGCUACAUCUAGCAUCUAGCAGUGAAGUAGCGAUUACCAAGAGGCGGUUACACGACAGUUACAAGUGAUGGCUAUAAAUAGGGAAAGCGAAGACGAAGCAAGGGUUCCACAAUAAACCAUUUGACACACAAUGUCAAACUUUUAUCUUUUCUUUGCAAAUUAGCCAUAUCCUUAGUUUUCAGAGCUCUCACAGAAUCUCCAUAGGAGUAGAGUAACGUAACUUAGAUUUCUCAGCCAUCAAAAUCAUCAAACACCCUCGUUCGUAUAUUCUUCGGAGAGGUGUGAACCAUGUUGUUAAUCGUUGUUCAAGAAGUCAAGGUGCAAAUCAUUGAAUUCAAACACCAAAAAAUUUCCUCGUCUGGAAAACAUAUUGGCACACCUGGUGGGACACUGUGUGUUUGAUUUGAUGGCUCCACGACUGAGAGAACGAGAAGGUGAUCUUUCACCUUGAUAUAUAAAAGAGCUAGUGGUCAGGUAUGAUCUUGGCCAAUUAGCAAAAAGUGACAUCGAAAAUAAUGGCGGGGCAAGAGGUCAACCAUCAACGGCCCCAUGUUUGGGUGUAACCGCCACCACCUUGUCUCUUCACCAGUCACUGGUUGUAGAAAUACAAUUAAUGGAGGAGGCUGUGAUGGGAUACACAAAACUAAUUAUAUCACAACUUGAUUGUUUUCGUACUAGUCUAAAUCGACGUUUGGAUGAGAUUUGCGAGAUAAAUGAAUAUAAUUGUAAGAAGUUUUGCCAACUUUUGAUUAAACCAGUGUUGAGAUUAAAGGUUUUGGCGAAAGAUGGUGUAGAUCCACCUUUCUACUGGGGAUACGAGUGCUCUAAACUUCAGUGUCUGUACUACUCAGCCACGGUCAGACAACUCAUUGUUUCCGAUAUUAAGCAAUUGCCUAUACAUACAGUUACUUUAGAAACUGCCUCGGAGGCUAGACCAUGCCAUAAUGUGAAAGUUGGUGGAGAGCCACUCACUACAUAUGUGUUCCCGCAAGCUUGCCCAACACCACUACCAUUCAUGCCCAUGAAGCCUGAUGAAUGCCAACCGUUAGGGGGUUGAAAGGGUGGUAUGGAAGCUUACAACUUGACAAGUUGACGGUGAAAUGUCAGGCUGGGGGCAUGUUGAUGGCAAGAAAAAUGGAAAAAGUGAUUUUUCUAAGGACUCACCACACUUUUCAAAGAAGUGUGGGAAGAAGGGCAUAUCUCCAGCUCAAUGCAGUAGUAGGCAGGGAGGCAUGUCAUCAAACGUGAAGAAUGAAGUGAGUGGAAAGUCUAAGCGGGUGUUGCGUACCCAUGCCACCCAUGAUUUUCAUAACUUUUAGAGCGUGUCAAAGAGUGGACAAUGAGGCAAGUUCGUGGCUAAGGCUCCGCAUAACAUGCCAACCAUGAAUGGUCGACAGGGGGGCAUGCAUCAACCACAAAUAGUGGACAGAUAGACAUUCCCAAGAAGCCACAACAAACCCGAGGCACACAUGCUUGUAGUAAGCAUGAUAGUUUAUCCAAGUGUGGCAAGGGGGCACGUCGACAAUCAUGAAGAAGGGUAUGAGGGCAUAUCUCCAACCAGUGGACAAAGGGGCAUGUCACCGACAGUGAAGAAACAAGUGGGGGCAAGUCUAGGAGUGUUCAUCACACUCAAUCCCUCUAUGAUUUUCACCAUCACGAGAGUGUGAUGAGUAAUAGACAAAGAAGCCAGCCUAUGCCUAAAAGCCCCCAUGGCAUGCCUGAUAGGCAAGAGGGCAUGAAUAAUACACAUUGGCAUACACCAACCAGGCAUGAUCUCACAAAAGACCAUGACUGGUUAUACUUUAAGUGUAAAAUUCGAGUAGGCAUAGGAGUUGAACAUACUCAAGUUGGCCACAUGGGUAGUCGUCGAUUCGUUAAACCCAAACACCCGUCUUCCCAACCGUGCAGGGAGAGUAAGCAUGUGCCAAGUUGAGGUAAACUAAGAUAGAUGACAACUCUUGGCCCCUUUGAUGAGUCGAAGGAGUUGAAAAUGUAUUGUCAGGACGAGGCAAACACAUCGGGUUCAACAUCAACCCAACAUGUCUAGUAAGGUGGCUAAGGCAGAGGAUCAUGAGAACCCUUUCAAGCCCACCAAGACGGGAAAAUUUGAGAGGGUGCCAUACAUUGUUAAUUUGAAAAAUUUGAAACCAACACCAAAGGAGUUGUUUCCCCUAAAGGAGGGAAGACAAGUAGUGUAUGGAUGGUUGGUCUCGUUUAAUCCAAGGACUUGGCAGUGGAUAUACUCCUUUGGCACUCUGGUGGUUGCCAAAGGGUAUGAAGAGCAAUGACUUAUGUCACUCCUUACUAUAAUAAUUAAAUAUAAUAAACAUAAAAUAGAGAGAACAAAAAUAAAAUCUCAAGCCAAUCAUGGCUAAACAAAAAUAUCGAUGUGGCAAGUUGAGUUAGAGUUGUAACACUUGUGAUGUGAGGAUAUUGUCAUAACUGGUAAACAACAAGUCACGUGGUUGGGUCUAUGGAGCCUCCUACACUCAUUUGAUUGAUGUGUACACCAUGCCACUUCAUGACAUUAGUAGCUGACUAGGUGUCCAACAUGGAUCGUUACUUUACAUGCCACUCGUUCAAAGAUGUCUACUUGUUGAAAGAUGAUGGUAAGCUACUUGAUCAAUUGAUCAAUGACAAGUAUCUCAAGCCUUAUUUCUCUUUCCUUUUUGUACAUGAGAUGUCAACUGGUUCAAAGUUAACCAACCACCAUGAUAGCCGGCAUGCCAAGCCUCCCACACGCUAAGCCAUGACAUGAUACUCUUUUGAUAAAAUAUGGCUUGAGUAGCUAGCCAUGACAUGGAAGGAAAAUUGAGCAAGUUAAGUUUUAUUUUCUUUGCUGGGACCUAGCAUUCUACAAAAGGCUACGGGUGCAUAGCUUUGUAAUCAAAGCAAAAAUUUGACUAAGGAAGGUGGUGACGAGAUAAGUGUAUUUAAUUUUGCCUCGCGGUCGAGUGGUAGAGGAAUGAAUAAGGAGAUGAUUU